AUUACACGUUCAGUAUUAUCACUGAUUUACUGAGGAUGGAGAUGGACUGGAGUCACAGGACUGACAGGAUAAUAAAUAUGACACUGGAGAUCAUCUACCUGCUGACUGGGGAGGAUUACACUGUAGUGAGGAAGACACCCGUUGAGACUGAGGCACACAGCAGCCGCGCCCGUGUGUCAGGAGGACUGAGCAGGACCCAGAGCCCCAUCACAGUGUCUCCACCUCACUCACUGAUACAUGAGAGACACAAUGACCAGAAGAUCGUGGAACCCACCAACAAGAUCAUUCAGCUGCUGACUGGAGAGGAGGGGGAGUAUAUAGAGGAACACAGGGGUCUGUAUAAGGACGUGAUGAUGGAGAAUCACCGGCCCCUCACAUCACUGGAUGGGCCCAGUAACAGAGAUACCCCAGAGAGAUGUCCCCGUCCUCUGUAUUCCCAGGACUGUACAGAGGAGAAUCACAGGAUCCCACAGGAGGAUCAGAGUGAAGAUCUGGCUGAAGAUACAGGGAGAGAAGAAGAGACGUAUGUGACUGAUAUAAAGGCAGUAGAUAUAGAGGGAGAAGAAGAGACGUAUGUGACUGAUAUAAAGGCAGAAGAUACAGAGGGAGAAGAAGAGACGUAUGUGACUGAUAUGAAGGCAGAAGAUAUAGAGGGAGAAGAAGAGACAUAUGUGACUGAUAUAAAGGCAGAAGAUAUAGAGGGAGAAGAAGAGACGUAUGUGACUGAUAUGAAGGCAGAAGAUAUAGAGGGAGAAGAAGAGACGUAUGUGACUGAUAUGAAGGCAGAAGAUAUAGAGGGAGAAGAAGAGACGUAUGUGACUGAUAUGAAGGCAGAAGAUAUAGAGGGAGAAGAAGAGACGUGGGUGACUGAUAUGAAGGCAGAAGAUAUAGAGAGAGAAGAAGAGACGUAUGUGACUGAUAUGAAGGCCGAAGAUAUAGAGGGAGAAGAAGAGACGUAUGUGACUGAUAUAAAGGCAGAAGAUAUAGAGGGAGAAGAAGAGACGUAUGUGAGGGGUGAUCAGCAGUGUAAGGAGGAGGAGAUCCCUACAGAUACCAGCACAGGUGGAUGUAGCAGCCGGAAUGUCUCAGAGGAUCAUCUGAUUCUAUUGCCAGAUGGUGAAAUAGAAGAAAAAUAUGUCUCCCAAGAAUCUCCUAAAGAAAUCCCUCUUACCCCAGUUACACAUGCAGCACAUCACCGUGCAGAUAUAUCACCUGUUCCCUCUGAUCCUGGGGAAUCUUCCCCUGAUAUCUCUGAUAAUGGUGCAUCUGUUACAGCUCUUACAGUAGAUACAGAGUUACCCUCUACUGUAGAUGCCAAAUGUUUUACACAGGACACACAGGUUAUUACCCAUCAGCCAGGUGAGAGGCCAUUUCCAUGUCCUGAGUGUGGGAAAUGUUUUAUAAAGAAAUCAGCUCUUGUUACACAUCAGGGAAGUCACACAGGUGAGAGGCCAUUUCCAUGUUCUGAGUGUGGGAAAUGUUUUACAUGGAAAUCACAUCUUGUUACACAUCAGAGAAGUCACACAGGUGAGAGGCCAUUUCCAUGUUCUGAGUGUGGGAAAUGUUUUACAUGGAAAUCACAUCUUGUUAUGCAUCAGAGAAGUCACACAGGUGAGAAGCCAUUUCCAUGUUCUGAGUGUGGGAAAUGUUUUACACAGAAAUCACAUCUUGUUUUACAUGAGAGAGGUCACACAGGAGAGAAGCCUUAUACAUGUUCUGAGUGUGGGAAAUGUUUUACAUGGAAAUCAUCUCUUGUUAGACAUCAGAGAAGUCACGCAGGUGAGAGGCCAUUUCCAUGUUCUGAGUGCGGGAAAUGUUUUACAGACAAAUCAGCUCUUGUUACACAUCAGAUAAGUCACAAAGGUGAGAGGCCAUUUACAUGCUCUGAGUGUGGGAAAUGUUUUAUAAAGAAAUUCUAUCUUGUUAGACAUCAGAGUAAUCACACAGGUGAGAAGCCAUUUCCAUGUUCUGAGUGUGGGAAAUGUUUUACUGUUCAAUCAAAUCUUGUUAUGCAUCAGAGAAGUCACACAGGUGAGAAGCCAUUUCCAUGUUCUGAGUGUGGGAAAUGUUUUACACAGAAAUCACAUCUUGUUUUACAUGAGAGAGGUCACACAGGUGAGAAGCCUUAUACAUGUUCUGAGUGUGGGAAAUGUUUUAGCGAUAAAUCACAUCUUUUUAGACAUCAGAGGAGUCACACAGGUGAGAAACGAUUUCCAUGUUCUGAGUGUGGGAAAUAUUUUAGAGAGAAAUCAGAUCUUGCAUCACAUCAGAGAAGUCACACAGGUGAGAAGCCAUUUCCAUGCUCUGAGUGUGGGAAAUGUUUUACACAGAAAUCACAUCUUGUUUUACAUGAGAGAGGUCACACAGGUGAGAAGCCUUAUACAUGUUCUGAGUGUGGGAAAUGUUUUAGCGAUAAAUCACAUCUUUUUAGACAUCAGAGGAGUCACACAGGUGAGAAACCAUUUUCAUGUUCUGAGUGUGGGAAAUAUUUUAGAGAGAAAUCAGAUCUUGCAUCACAUCAGAGAAGUCACACAGGUGAGAAGCCAUUUCCAUGCCCUGAGUAAGUGGAGUUACUCAGGUGGUACUUUGUGUGUUUGCAAGUGAGAAUAUUUUAUCCAAAAAAUAAACAUCAGUCAGUAUGUCUCAUGUCACAGGCUAUGUAUUGUUCUAAUGUAUUUUAAUAUUUCAAUAAAAUAUCACAAUGUAAUCAUAAAAUCUAUAAAAUAAACAGA